UUGGUACAGUUGGUAUUUCUUGAGUGUAAUCGAAAAAUGAAAAGAUUUCACAAUUUUCGCAAUACUUGAGUCACAUAUUGGUGUUUAAUAAAUUUGUGUUAGUAAAUUUAAAAUAUGUCUGAAUUAUUAGACAUAGAUGGGAGCGUCUUAGAAGGGGGUGGGCAAAUAUUAAGGAUAUCUAUAUCACUGAGCGCUGUUCUGGGAGUACCAAUUCGAGUAUACAAUAUCAGAGCGGGCCGAAAAAAGCCAGGAUUAGCCGCUCAACAUCUUAAAGGAAUCGAGUUGGUAGCUGAAAUGUGUCAGGCCAGAUUAAAGGGUGCAAAAAUUGGGUCCACGGAGAUAGAGUUUAUUCCAGGCACGAUCAAAGGCGGACACUACACAGCAGACACCAAGACUGCCGGCUCAAUAAGUCUAUUGCUGCAAGUGGCUCUGCCAGUGGCACUGAUGGCAAGCGCUCCAGUGACACUCGACCUGCGUGGUGGAACAAACGCCGACAUGGCUCCACAGAUCGACUACAUGGGCGAGGUUUUCCGAUAUCUGCUUAACAAGUUUGGUGCAGACUUCUCAUUAGAUGUCCAUAAAAGAGGCUACUACCCGCGAGGAGGCGGUCACGUUACAAUUGAAGUAACUCCCGUGCAAACGAUGCGCGGUGCCGAUUUGACGGAGAGAGGUACACUCCUCAACAUACAUGGUUGGAGUUUUGUCGCCGGAUCACUACCUGUUAAGUUGGCAUAUGAGAUGGCGGGCGGCGUUCGCGACCGAUUGGGGCGGCUCUGUAAAGUCAAUAUCGAAUGCUACAAAGAAGAUCGCGAAAUGGCGCCAGACAAUUGUAGCGGGAUUAUCGUGGUGGGCGACUUGUCGUCAGGCUGCGUAGUGGGCAGCGACGCGCUGGGGAGUCGAGGGGCGGUGCCGCGCGCGCUCGGCGCGAAGGCCGGCGACGACCUCGCCGCGGUGCUCGACAACGGCGCCUGCGUCGAUGAUCACGCGCAGGUUAGACGAGUUUAA